AUGCGUUGGCUAACAACUCUCAUCAAUGACAAAAGCAAAAAGUCUCGCCGAAUUAAAUCUAGUCAUCCUGUCCAUGAAGCUGAAUUUAUAAUCCGAAAUGAUCGACUUCUUGGACAAUCUGGAUCAAUUUGUGCCUCAUUUGAAUGGGGGGGCUGGUGGCAAACAAUUCAAGAAGUUUUUAUCGAAAUUCCAUUCCGACAAAUCGUAGACGUGAAGCAAAUCGUAUGUAAAAUUACCAAUAGUACAAUCACUUGUGGUUUUGUUGGUCAGCAGCCAUUGGUAUCAGGUAACUUAUUUAGCCUUAUAAAGGCAAGUGAAUCCACCUGGAGCCUUCAUGAAAAGAAGCACAUGGUUAUGUGUCUGAUCAAAGCUAGUCCAGGUACCUGUUGGUAUUCUUUAAUGACCGAUAACUGGAAGGCCAAUCCACUAGUUCUUGAUGAAAUGGAACGAAACCUUACCAUUCAGAGACUACAAAUAGAAAACCCUGGUAUGGACUUUAGCUCAGCCGACAUAUCUGGAAACUAUCGUAACGGUGGACCAAAAUUUCCUGCAUGA